AUAAAUUUACUGACAAUUUUAUUAUAAAUUAGUAAACAUUACAUUGAUUUAGUUAAUAUUAGUUAUGAAUCUUCCGAUAUAUACUGUCGACGCUUUUGCAGUCAAUGGCCAACAAUUUACGGGAAAUGGAGCCGCAGUUUGUAUACUUGAGUCUGAUGACUGUAUAUCGGAUGUCGUCAAACAAAAAAUAGCUUUUGAAAUGAAUUUAAGCGAAACGGCUUAUGUGGCCAAAAGUUGGGACACAAAUUCAAAACUAGAGGACAACCAAACCUAUACAUUAAGAUGGUUUACUCCCCGUACCGAAGUUGAACUAUGUGGUCAUGCUACAUUGGCCAGUGCCAAGGUCAUUUAUGAACAAUUUUAUAAACAUAAUAUAUCUGACACUCAGAUUACUAUUAAAUUUGUCACUAAAUAUAUGGGAACUCUGGCAGCAAUUGUCAAUCCUAUUAACAAUAAAAUAACUUUGGAUUUUCCACUACAAGAUUGCAUACCUAUUGAUAGACAAUCAGACUCAUGGAUUGAUUCAAUUAUUGAAUACACUUUAGGAUCAAAUAUGGAUCCAAAUCUUAUUCAAGAUAUUGAAUAUUCAUCUGAAAUAAAGUAUCUCUUAUUAAGACUUAAAGAUUGUACAGAAUCUGAAAGUCUUAUAACAAAAGUUUCUCCAAAUUUUGAUAAACUUUUAAGUGUGAAGACAAACAAACAGAUAAUCGGUAUAAUUGUCACACAAAAAGGUUAUCACAAUAGAUCUGAGCAUUUCUUUAGUCGAUUUUUUUGUCCCAAUGUUGGUAYUAAUGAAGAUCCGGUGACGGGAUCAGCACAUGCUGUACUCACACCAUAUUGGGUCAGGGAUUACAAUAAAAAUGGACAACAAGUCGAUGAUUUUAUUGCAAAACAAUGUUCACAAAGAGGAGGAUUGCUUUCGUGUAAAAUAGUUGGACAAAGAGUUCAUAUUACUGGAGAAGCAAUAGUUUUUAUGAAUGGAUUUUUGAGUUUAUAAUUUAAUAUCUAAAUUAAAGUUUAUAAUAAUUUUGAAAUAUUGUUAAAUCCAAUUAUUUUUAACUUAUAUGAAUUAAAUAAUUUAAAUAGUAAUUAAAAUAGCAAAAUAAUAUCAU